CGUCACCUCCGUGUGACUCAUUCCUUUUAUACCACCUAAAACCCAUCUCAGAUCCAAUACAAGAUCAAUUCGAUCGUCUUUCACAACACAGAGAACAAAGAAAAUUAUAAGGGAACCAUGUCAUCGAACCAAGAAAAUGUCAAGAAAGAGAAACUUCAUGUAACAAUGAAGACACAGGAAGUGGAUCCAGAUGAGAAGGGAGAGAAAGUUGAGGUGGAGAUGGAAGUUAAGGCCAAGUCAACUGAGAAGGUUAAAAUAAAGGACGACGAGAAAUCAAAAGAUGAAAAGGAGAAAGAAAAGACAAAGGUAAAAGAUGAGGUAGAAGAAGACAAACAUGCCGAGAAGAAAGAUGAAAAACGUGAAGGCCAUGGAGAUAUGGAAACUGAAGAGCAUGAUAAGAAACAAAAGAAGAAAAAUAAAAAUAAGGAGAAGAAAGAUGAGGAUGUAUCACAAGGAAAUGAGGAGUUCGAAGAUGACAAAGAAGGUAAGAAGAAGGUGAAUAAAGAGAAGAAAACGAAAGAAGAUUCCAAGGGUGACAAGAAGAAGAAAAAUGAAGAGAAGGAUGAGCCUGAGGAAAAAACUGAAGUUAAGAAGAAAAAAGAGAAGAAAGACGCUGAUGUAAAAGUUGAAGACACAGAGAAGGAACACAAGAAGAAAAAGAAAGAUAAGGAGAAGAAAGAUGAAGAUGUAUCACAAGAAGAAGAAGAAGGUAAUAAAAAGAAGAAGAAAGAUAAGGAUGAAUCAGGUGCAGAUGGAAAAGACAAGAAGAAAGAUAAAGAGAAGAAACCGAAAGAAGAAUCCAAAGAUAAGAAAGAAAAGAAACUGAAAAAAGGAGAAAAGGAUGAGCAUGAAGAAGAAGAAGGGGAAAAGAAAGAGAAGGAUGAAUCAGGUGCAGACGGAAAAGACAAAAAGAAAGACAAAGAGAAGAAACUGAAAGAAGAAUCCAAGGAUAAGAAAGAAAAGAAGCUGAAAAAAGGAGAGAAGGAUGAGCAUGAAGAAGAAGAAGCGGAAAAGAAAGAGAAGGAUGAAGAUCACAAGGAGGAAAAGAAGAAGAGUAAAGAUAAGAUGAAGAAAAAGGAAACUGAUGAGAAAUGUGAGAAAGAAGCAGACAAUGAGGAUGAAGGAGAAAAGAAGCAGAAAAAGAAGAAGGAGAAAGGCGAAAAAGAUAACAAAGAAGAUAAGAAGAAUGAGAAAAACCUUGAAGUUGAAGUGUUGUCCAGAGAUAUUAAAUUUGAAGAACCAGGAGCUGAAGGAGAGGAAGGCAAGUCCAAGGACAAGAAAACUAAGAAUAGAAAAGACACCGAGGGAGAUAAUGGUAGUGAAGAAGAGAACCAAAAUAAAGAAGAAGGCCGGAAGGGUGAAGAAGGGAAGAAAAGUAAGAAGAACAAGAAAAAAGACCCAAAGAAAAAGAAAAAAACAAAGGAUGAAGAAGAGAAAAACAUAGCAGGGUCAAAAGAUGAAGAUGGUGAUGAAGAAACAGAGAAAAAGGAAGAAAAGAAAGGAAAAGAUGUGAAGAAGCUUGAUGAUACCAAGAAAAAGGGUAAUGACAUUGGUAAGCUGAAAAUGAAGCUAAAGAAGAUUGAUGAAAAAAUAGGAGCUCUAAUGGAGAAAAAGGCAGAAAUUGUGAAUCAGAUUAAAGACGCAGAGGGACUGGGAAAGGGAGAGCAAGAAGGUGUGAAACAUGAAUAGUUUGGAAGCGUCUGAAAUAAACAAACUGGCUUAACAAUAUCCACAGAGAAGAUUUAUGUGGAACUGGACUUUAAUCUUUUAUGUUUUCUUUUCUUGAGAGUUGUUGUGAUAACUUGAAAUGGUUCAUGUACCUUUGGUUUUGUUCUUUCAUAUCAUCCAUGUUGUAACAGUUACGAUUGUGUUUCUAUAUUUGCAAGUUCGAAUUAAGGAUGAACCAAACA